GGAAAAGUGCACCGAAUUUUUGGGGGUUUCGACUACAGGCUGGAUUCAAAGAAUUGAGAAACGCAGUUGGCUUCAAGUUCUUGCCCUGUCUGCUCCUCCCCCAUAUUCUCCUCAGUUCUUGGCUGGUCGGCUCAUCCCCCAUCUUCUCCGUGCAGAGCAGGCAGGGCAGUUGCCCUAGCAACUCUAGACUCCACACAGACACAGCUUUGUACAUAUGCUGCUCCAGAGCAGAUCUGAAAGUCUCUCUCCCCCCACUCCGGAGGCACCAUGAGCUGGAGUUUCCUGACGCGUCUCCUGGACGAGAUCUCCAACCACUCUACCUUUGUGGGCAAGAUCUGGCUCACACUGCUYAUCGUCUUCCGCAUUGUGUUGACUGCUGUGGGAGGCGAGUCCAUCUACUACGAYGAACAGAGCAAGUUUGUGUGCAAUACCCACCAACCCGGUUGCGAGAAUGUGUGCUACGACGCCUUUGCACCGCUCUCGCACAUCCGCUUCUGGGUGUUCCAGGUGAUCAUGAUCACCACCCCCACUAUUCUGUACCUGGGCUUCGCCAUGCACAAAAUCGCCCGCAUGGACGACGAUGAGUACAGGCCCCGCGGGAAGAGGAUGCCCAUGGUGAGCCUAGGGACCAACCGGAACUACGAGGAGGCGGAGGACAAUGGCGAGGAGGACCCCAUGAUCUCCGAGGAGAUCGAGUUGGAGAAGAAGGAGAAGCCUAGCAAGAAGCAUGACGGGCGCCGGCGCAUCAAGCGCGACGGCCUCAUGAAGGUGUACGUGUUCCAGCUGCUGUCGCGUGCUGCUUUCGAGGUCUCCUUUCUGUUCGGCCAGUACAUUCUCUAUGGCCUGGAGGUGUCUCCCUCGUACGUGUGCAUGCGCUCGCCCUGCCCACACACAGUGGACUGCUUCGUGUCGCGUCCCACGGAGAAAACCAUCUUCCUGUUCAUUAUGUAUGCGGUGAGUGCCCUCUGUCUGCUUUUCACUGUGCUGGAGAUCCUCCACCUGGGUUAUAGUGGCAUACGGGACUGUUUCUGCCUCCCUCGUCCUCGCCCCCCAACCCCCCACCAACUGGCCAGCCAGCAUCCCUCACUAUGUGGCCGCCAGGUGCCCACAGCUCCUCCAGGCUACAACACAGUGCCGAAGAAGGACCCAAAAGGUAUGCGAUUGGAUUACAACCUGGGCGACUCGGGCCGUGAGUCGUUUGGGGAUGAGGCGUCGCAGCGGGAGCUGGAGAGGCUAAGAAGGCACCUAAAGCUGGCCCAGCAGCACCUGGACCUGGCCUACCAGAAUGAGGACAACAGCAGCACCUCGAGGAGCAACAGCCCCGAGUCCAACGGGACGGCCGUGGAGCAGAACCGCCUCAACUUUGCCCAGGAGAAGCAAAGCAGCACCUGCGAGAAAGGUUUACAAGCAUAACUUCGUCAUUGGCCCACCUGGCCCUCUCAGGAUAGAUUCUUGCAUCUGGGACAGUAGGGUUACCAGGGAGCAUUGUGURGGGGCAGGUGUGUAUGUGACUUGAGGAGGAUGAAUCCGUCUGUCUUUCAGUGUUGAGGCCAGUGAACGUUCAAGGGAAACAUGCCAAACUUAACGAGCAGCGCCUUCCUACCCAGCUAUACUUGAGCACAUCUGAAGAUCCAAAGUGUCCACAAACUGUUUUCAGAACAUUCCUAUUCGUCUCAGGGUAGCUGUGCUGUUUCUGUGGGGGGAAUACUAGUGUCUCCUCUUGUUUGUAGUUUUUCCCUCUUUGCUGGAGUUUAGAGGUCAAUCUUAUGUUUGCCUUCAACCUAAAACUGGAGUUUACAUUUCAGCCAUUCUAAGGAGGUAUGGGCAACCCAACUGUGUCGCAAAACCAUGUCAGUGUCAUUUUUUUGUGUGUGUGUGUUUUGUGAGGAAUAGGGAACCACGGUGAGUCGGUGUUUGGGGAUGUUAACUGGUAUGGUAAUAGUUGGUGUUAGAAGUGAUAUUAUGGAGUGGAUAACUGUCUUCCAUGUGCAACAGCUUACAAUGAGCAAAUGGUUCAAACUAUUUUGGGUCAACCACCAGAAACAACAGUUACAUUUGAGUUGUAGCACAGCAAUAUGUGGUUUKCAGAAAGAGAACCAACCUACUUUCAUCAUGAACCCCCUCCCAUAAAUCUGACUGUUGCCAAGUCUGGGAACUGGAAGCCUAUUUUGGCACCUUUGUCCAAAGGAUUUAAAAAAACCUGGGUAAUGCUUGAAUUCAUGUAAAUUGUUAUCUUGUCUGGUAAUGUUAAACACGCUUUUGAUACUGAUUUCUUCCGUUUUGUUAGUUUAAUAUGGAAAGUGUUUGGACGACAUUGCAAGAUUAAACCUUUAAGGUCAGGCUGGCCAAAUUGUAACAACUAUGAAGUUUGUUGUCUUUUUGGAUUUCUACAUUAACUGAGGGACUCAAAAGAUUGGGAGUUAUUUUACAUAUUGAGGACCAUCYACGAUUUGAGGGUAACGCAUCUAUGCCAUACACCAGUUGAACUCUGGGUCUUGUUCAGUAGGGCACAACAUAGCAAUGUUUUGAAAGGGAAAAUGUAAUUAAUCCUUCCUAUAGGAUAAGUUCCGGGAGUACCUCUCCCGUCCUGUUUUGUGCCUACUGAACAUGAACCAGAGACCCAAGAUGUUUUUUGAAGAAAAAAAAUUAUACAAACUAAGCAUUUACUCUGUCGAAUAGCAUUUUCAGAAGUAAUUCAAGACCCCCACAAUUCAGGGUUAUUUUUCUAUAUUGUUUUGUUCAGUGUUUUCUCCUGAAAUUGGGACAUGUAGAUUUGUGGCUCUGUGUUACUUCUCUAUGCAAUUCAACAUCUAUGCCUGGUUCCAUGUUCAUUAUUGAGGCAUUGAUGCAAGUAACAUUCAAAAGCCUUCAAGCCGUUUAAUAAUGACCCCCGUGCUGCAGUCUCAGUGACUGUUGUAAAUGUUAUCAUUGUUAUCUUUUUAUGGUUGAAACGACCCAAUGCCUUGAAUGUGAUCUUACGAUGCCAUCAGUGCACACAUUAUAUCAGCAGUGCCAUUAAGUGUCGACUGUCAUCUCAAACAAUUUGUUUAAAUACUUUUGUAUGAAUAGUAUUUUUGUGCUCAAUUUCUUAAAUAAACUUUUUCUAAUAAAU